AUGCAGCCAGCCACGCCUCGCCCCGCCCGCCUCGCCGGCGUCCACGCCGCGCCCUCGCCCGCCCCCGCCUCGCCCCGCGAGCGGCCGGCUCGCCGCGGCUCGGCCCCGCUUGCCGCCGCGCGCGCUCGCCCCCGCACGCGCGCGGCCGCCUCGCCGCGGCUCGGCCCCGCCUGCCGCCGCGCGCGCUCGCCCCCGCACGCGCACCCCCGGCUGCCGCGGGCGCCCUCGCCUCGCCCCGCGCGCGGCCGCCUCGUCGCAGCUCGGCCUCGCCUGCCGCCGCGCGCGCGCUCGCCUGCCCCGCCCCGCCCUCGCGUGCACGCCGGCCUCGCCCCGCUCGCGCCGCGCCUCGCCGUCGCUCCGUCCGCCGCCGCCUCGCCCUCGCCCUGGGCACCACAUGCGCAUGCUGCAAUGGCCGUCACCUCCUUCAUCCACUGA